UUUUCUCUUCCACAACGGAAAGGUUUUCAUUUUCCCCAAAAUGCCCCUCUACAAACUUUCACGGCGAGCUUUGCACACACGAAAUCUCCCGCCCAAAUCGGUAAAUUCACAGCAUCCGCCGCUGUUGCCGCCGCCGCCACUUUUCUCCUCACCGCCGGACACCGCCGUCGCCGACAAGGCCGUAUCAAUCCUCAAAUACUACCACCACUCCCAUCUCGACCAUUUAACGCCGCAAUUUACCCCUGAAACCACCUCCUAUUUACUCCUCCAAUCCCAGAAUAACCAAACCCUAAUCCUGAAAUUCCUCAGCUGGGCUCGCAAAUCGCCCUUCUUCAGAGACCAGCUUCAAUCCAAUUGCAUCUCAAUUCACAUCCUCACCCGCUUCAAACUGUACAAGACCGCCCAAUCAUUGGCGGAGGAAGUUGCAGCGAGUUUUCCGGAUCACGAAAACGGCGAUGCGGUUUUUUCGUGUCUUAAAGACACGUACCAGGCGUGCCGAUCGAGCUCCGCCGUGUUUGAUUUGAUGGUAAAAGCGUUAUCGAAUAUGAAACUGAUAGAUAGAGCUCGAAACAUUAUGAGUUUAGCUAGAUGCCAUGGAUUCAUGCCUAGUGUUCUGUCGUAUAACUCCGUUCUAGAGGCGAUAGUACGGAGUUCUCCUCGCGGCUCUGCUGAGUUGACCGGGAGUGUGUACGAUGAGAUGAUGGAUAACGACGUCUCGCCUAAUGUUUUUACUUACAAUAUAUUGAUUAGGGGGUUGUGUUCGAACAAAGAAAUGGAUAGAGGGUUGGUUUUAUUCGAGAAAAUGGAGAAGAAGGGCUGUUUACCGAAUGUGGUUACGUAUAAUACCUUGAUAGAUGCGUAUUGUAAAAUGGGGAAAAUCGAUGAAGCGUAUGCGUUAUUGAAAUUGAUGUGGGAGAAGAAUAUGGAACCGAAUGUGAUCACUUACAAUGUGAUAAUCAAUGGGUUGUGUCGAGAAGGGAGGAUGGAGGAGACAAAGAAGGUUUUCGAGGAAAUGAAGGAACAGGGUUUGUCUCCGAAUGAAAUUACGUAUAACACACUCAUCAACGGGUACUGUAAAGAGGGAAACUUUCACCAAGCUCUUGUUUUACACGGGGAGAUGGUGAGGAAUGGGCUUUCUCCGAAUGUGGUGACUUAUACUUCUCUGAUAAAUAGUAUGUGUAAAUCGAAGAAUUUGCGUCGUGCUGUGGAGUUCUUUGAGCAGAUGCAGGUCAGGGGGUUGAGCCCAAACGAUAAAACGUACACAACUCUGAUCGAUGGUUUCUCUCAGCAGGGAUUUAUGGAUGAAGCUUACAGGCUUUUAAGUGAAAUGACUAAUAAGGGCUUGUUGCCAUCCAUUGUGACUUACAAUGCAUUGAUCAAUGGGCAUUGUGUGUCGGGUAGAAUCAACGAUGGUUUAGAACUGAUUAAAACUAUGACUGCAGAAGGGUUUUGUCCGGAUGUUGUAAGUUACAGUACAAUCAUAUCUGGUUUCUGUAGAAAUUUUGAUUUAGAUAAAGCAUUCCAAAUGAAAAGGGAGAUGGGCGAGAAGGGAAUUUUUCCCGAUGCCAUUACUUACUCAUCGUUGAUUCAAGGUCUAUGUGCACAGAGAAGAUUGACUGAAGCGUGUGAGUUAUUUAAAGAAAUGUUGAAGCUAGGUCUGCAGCCUGAUAAUUGUACGUAUACUAUUCUUAUUAAUGCUUAUUGCGGCGAAGAUGACAUUGGAAGUGCAAUUCGGCUCCACGAUGAAAUGAUUGAAAAGGGUUUCUUCCCCGAUGUUGUUACCUACAGUGUGUUGAUAAACGGGCUAAACAAGCAGGCUCGAAGUAAGGAAGCAAAACGGAUUCUUUUCAAGUUGUUCUACGAGCAAUCUGUUCCGCAUGAUGUUACGUAUGAUUUGCUGAUACAGAGUUGUAGUAAUAUUCAAUUUCGGAAUGUAGUAGCUCUUAUAAAGGGGUUCUGCAUGAAAGGUUUGAUGAACGAAGCCGAUCGAGUUUUUCAAGCAAUGCUUGAGAAGAACCAAAAGCCUAGUGAGGCGGUUUAUAAUGUUCUGAUACAUGGUCACUGUAAAGAUGGGAAUUUGCAGAAAGCUGUCGAUCUUUACAGGGAAAUGAUGCAACGUGAACUUGUUCCUCAUGCUAUAACUGUUAUUGCUAUAACUAAAGAACUUCACAAAGUGGGAAUGACAGAGGAGCUGAUGCAAAUACUACAAGAUACACUACGAAGCUGUAAAGUAGUUGAUGGCGACCCUGCCAAAGUCCUUUUGGAGGUCAAUUACAAAGAUGGAAACAUGGAUGCCGUGUUUAAUAUUCUCGCGGAGAUGGGCAAGGAUGGAUUUCUUCCAAAUGAAGUAAGAACUGGUUAGGCAUGUAGAAGAGCUCAGCUGAUACCAUUGAAUAUUAAGUUGUUCGUGUAAUAUUAAAUUUGAUAUCGCAUUUGGUUGAUGGAGUGAAAACACUUUGGGCUUUGGAGUAUCGGGCAUGCUUUUGUUCUCAUUGUUGGUGCUGUAAUCAAGAUGAAUUUAAACACGAUUCAUUAUGAAGCUGCUUGGUCAUUCAUGUUGGAAUUACCGCAAUCUUUUGGAGACUGGCUUAAAACCGUGGAAAUUGGAUGCCCUCGUCUAAUUCGGAUGAGGAAUGUGUCUUCUGGACUGUCAGUUCAUUGGUUAGUUGCAUCAUAUUCAGGUGCACAGCUGUGGGGUUGUCCACUCAUGUAUGUGUUUCUGUCGUUGCAAGUAGAAUACGUUCCACCUUCACGGGGGGCCCGUUUUCCCUAUGUUUCCUGCCUGUGGAGUCUUCCAACUGCGAUGCUUUAAUUCUUUGAGGGUCCAUGUGAGCUCCAGUUUCUGAUAUUUUACGAGAAAGGGGAAUUAUUUACGAAACUCCCGUUUUAGUCUUCACGUUGAGCCUUUUAUUGAUUAUUUUGAUCAGAUGUAACUUUUUUUUUCCCGAAAUGAGGACCAAACUUAUAAGAAAGUAAAUUAAUGGAAUUUUCAGUUCAUUUCGACCUU